AUGUUCAAUAUCGCCAAAGUGAAUCUUGAGGAUUGUGAUGAAGACUUCUCCGUAUCUGAAAGCGUUCAGAUAUUUUCUUCUUUUAAGAAAAUGGGUCUCAAAUCAGAGCUAUUAAGGGGUAUAUAUGACCUUGGUUUCGAAAAGCCGUCACUUGUGCAGCAACGCGCAAUCGGUCAAAUCGUAAAAAAACGUGAUGUUGUUAUACAAGCUCAAAGUGGUACUGGUAAAACGGCCACUUUCUGCAUAGGCACACUUCAACUCCUUGAUUCAUCAAAUAAGAAAACUCAAGCCUUAUUUCUUGCACCGACUCGUGAAUUAGCCUCUCAAAUUCAUCAGGUAGUUACCGGUUUGGCGGACCAUCUUUCUAUAAAGUGUAUGCUUUGUUGUGGUGGGAAAGGCACUGCAGGCGAAAUGGGGAAGACGUUAAACCAGGGCUCUCAGAUCGUCGUUGGUACUCCUGGACGUAUUCUGGAAUUGAUGCGAAACGGCUUCUUGAAAUUGUCCAAUUUACGUAUAAUCGUUGUCGAUGAAGCAGACGAAAUGCUAAAUCAGGGCCUUCGUGAUCAACUUGAGAGCAUCUUCAAGCGUUUGCCCUCAUCAAACAUGGAAGUGGAUUCAACUUGUGGUUUAAUGCGUUUGGCGACUCAACGUGUAGUCGUUUCUGCCACAUGGACAUCUGGUUGUCGAGAGGUCAUGAAACCGUUCCUUGAUAAUCCUGUCUGCAUUCUGGUUCCCAGGGAUGAGUUGAGUCUCUCAGGUAUAAAUCAAUACUACAUCAAUACCGGUGGCGAAGAGUGGAAAUUCGAAACCCUCACAGAUAUCUUCGCUUCUACCUGCGUUCCCCAGACCGUUGUUUUCGUAAAUACACGCCGUAAGGUUGAUUGGCUUUCGGAGAAGCUGCAAAAAGUUGGCUUCGCGGUAACUGCUGCUCACGGUGAUAUGGAUCAGAAAACUCGUGAUCACGUUAUGAAGGAGUUUCGUGCAGGAAGGAGGUUAGUUUUCCGAGUGCAAGUACUACUUAUUUAUUAUUUUUUCUAA